CUGUUUUGUUUCCAGAUAGCUCGAUCCAUCAUGGCGAUGCAUGCGAAAGCGACUCCACCACAGAUCCCGGACACCCGCCGGGAGCUCGCCGAGCUGGUGAAGAGGAAACAAGAACUCGCUGAGACGCUAGUGAACUUGGAAAGACAAAUAUAUGCAUUUGAAGGCAGCUACCUAGAAGACACCCAGAUGUAUGGCAACAUCAUCAGAGGAUGGGACCGAUACCUCACUAAUCAAAAGAACUCCAAUAGUAAGACUGACAGAAGGAAUAGGAAAUUCAAGGAAGCAGAGCGUUUAUUCAGCAAGUCAUCCGUCACAUCAGUUGCAGCGGUAUGUGCACUUGGUGGGCUACCGGAACACAUGAAUGAAAAACGUGAGGCAGGCAGCGGCACAGAAAGCGACGCCUCUCCAGAUCUCCAGAACCAAGAGAACGAGCCGAGCCAAGAGGACACGGAAGAUGUGGACUCGACGCUGCAAGACCUAAAGCCUCAGAAAGCUGCCUCCUCCUCAUCCUCAGGCAGCCAUCACGGGAGCCACAAGAAAAGGAAGAACAAAAACAGACACAGAUUUGACAUGAAAGUGAACAAGAAACCGAGAGCUGACUAUUCAACCUAGCAGAAUGACUGGAACACGUGGACUCACAUGAGGACGAUACCUGUAGAGAAACACAAGAUUUCUGGACUUUAUGAACUUUGUAUGCCUUUUUUUUUUUCUCGGAUGUCAUAUUUCAGCCUGUACUGUCUGUGUGUAUUGCUUGAAACAUUCCCCCCCUCCCAUUUCUGUCAUCUACAUUUUGGUUUUAACCCAAGUACGUAGAAAUAUGGUGUUGCAUGUUACUUGAGGCCGUAUUAGGCCCAACUCCAGUAACGCACCAUUUGUAUAGUGUGAAAAAAGAUUGUAUUUAUUAUGUAGUUAAUUUCCCAUUGUAGGAAUGUUAAGCUUUUUUAUUUUUUUGUGCUUUUUUUCAAGCAUUACGUCGUCACAUUACCCCCGAAUACCCCAGAUUCUUUUAUUACAUGGUUGUUUUGCAAAAAAAUAAUAAAAUACCAGUAACGGGAA